UCUCACAUUCUCUCAGGUGUCAACAAAUCACUGAGAAAGAGAAAUAUAUAGAAACAAAAAGAGAGAGAAUGGCGAAAUCAUCAUGGGCUGUUGCUUUGAUGGCUGUGGCUGCUCUAGCUGUAGCAGCUCACGAGGCUGCAGCUGCUAGGGUUAUGCCCGCAGCAGGCCUCGCCGACCAGAAGAACUACCUCAGCUACGGCGGAAUCGGCAGCUUCAGCGGCGUCGGCGACAACGGCAUGCCUUUUGGCGGAGUCGGCGGCGGGGUCGGCGCCAACGGCAUACCGGGCAUACCCGGCGGCGUUGGUGCGGGCGGCAUUAUCGGCACCACGCCUAACGGUGGCCUUGCUGGAGUCGGCGGUGUUAUCCCUGGCGGCGUCACCAGCUUCGGAGGCAACGGUGCUGGCUUCCCUGGCGUUGGCGGCGGCUUCCCUACCGUUGGUGGCGGCGGCUUCCCUGCCGUUGGUGGUGGUGGACUCCCUGGAGUUGGUGGCGCAUUCCCUUCCCCUUGAAGCAUUUUUUUUUGUUUUUGUACUAGUUAAUUAUUUUCAAAGUUGGGUUGAGUUUUAUGUAAUUGUGUUUACUUGUUUUGCUGUUUAUGGUUAUGAAUGUGUGUGGUUUGCUUAGGUUCUUAGCAUGCAUCAAAUAUUACUAAUAAUAUAAAGUUGUUGCGUACCA